GACGAGAACAGAGUCCACAAACCCCAAGCACGCACGCCCACCUUCCGCGCCUAGGGUUCCGGCCCCAUGUCCGUGGCCAAGGCGGCGAUGCCGCCGCCGGCGCUCAGGUUCCUGGCCGUCGCCGCGGCUAACACGCUCAUCUACGCGGGGUACGCGAUGCUGUGGGUCGGCACCGCGUGCAACGCCUUCAUGGUCGUCGCGCGCCGCGCCUUCGGUGAGGGUUCCGCUGUGCUCUCGGCGGUGACCACGGUCGCCCUCUACGCCCUAGUCGGCUCUGGAUUCCUCUUACCCUUCUCCCUCAUGCUCGCCGCCGCGCGCUCCAUGGCCUCCGACUCCGACUCCGACUCCAACUCCAACAACACCGACGUCGAGCAGCGUACGAAAGAGCCUGCUGUGAGACCGAGAGGCCCUCGUCAGAUUCUUCGACAGAUGCUCAAGGAUGAUGCUGUGGUUGGGGUCCUUCUUACGCUCCCGUUUGUGCUGCUCAUAGUUGCUGGUGUUCUGGUGAAGGGUAUCUCGCCUGCGAAAGAAUCUGAGAGGGAGAGGGUUGGUUCUAUAUUGAUGGAUGUGGGGAUAGUGGGCUUUAGCACAUUGCAGUGUUUCAUUGUCUUGCCAAUCACGAUACUGAGGACGUGGAGGAUGAUAUAUUGAGGUGACGCUAGCUAGCAACUGUGUUGUUGAGGUUCGUUAAUGCACGAUGAUUUUGGAAAGAUUGUAGUGAAGUUUACCGAGUAACAAGACCCAGGGAUUCUAGGUGUUGGCACUGUACCACUCAUCAUUUUCUGAAUCACUCUUGGCAUGUUAAGUAAAUUACCAGCUACCUCUAGCUGCUGGAAUGCUUGUAGCUUUUGUCUUGGUGAUGCCAUGGUGAACAUUGUGUUGCCGAAAUACCUCGAGAUUUUGCUGCUAAGCUUCCUCCGCAUCUUGAACACUGUGAUGAUUAAUGUUGGCAAUUUUGUAUGACGACAUGAUUUGGUAGUUCCCUAUUGUGCUUUGACUGAUGAGUAAUGCAGAUGUUUUGGCUGUUUGGUUC